AUAUAUGUUGACUAGACACUUUUGCUGUAGUGGCUUGUAUUACGCCACACUGAAGUUUUAUUGACUUCUUACAGCUACAGAGGAAUGCGACAUUUUCACUUGGUAAGUGACAGAGCAGAAAUGGGAAGUAAAUAUGCAGGCAGGGCCAGUUAAAGGACUUUGAUGUGAAUGUUGACUUACUACUUUCGUCAUCAGAGACAUGCCAAUGCAGCUGGCGGUAUUGGUAUGUUGUGUAUUGUGUCUGCUGAAGAUGAAACGUUAGUAGACAAUGGGGGGGAAAAAUCUCAGAAAGAGGAAGUAGGUGUUUGAGUCUCGACACUCAGUGAAACUCGCUUAAAUCGAGACUCCCUGCCAGUGCAAUGGUUUUCAACGUGGGCGUCGGGCGACACCACGCUUAAAUGGAGAUGUUGGAUGGGAAACGGCUGCUCAUCCACGAAUGGGAAGCCGGCGGCAUGGAGGAAGACGGCUGCUGCUGCUGCUGCGGAGUGGAGGCAGGACUGCACCGGCAAAACGCACUGAUUCAACUUCUCCGCCAGAAAGAGACACGACUACAGCGAAUGGCCCGGUUUUUAGUUGCGGCACUUCUUUUACUUUUUUCAGUCGCUCUGGCUUUACUGCUCAUGGUUUUGCUUGGAGGAAGAAGUCAUCAGUCAUCGGACGGCCAGCCCAAGAUGCAGCCUCACCGCCUUUCGUCAGACACCAUCAUCAAACAUCAACAACUUAAAGACGACAAGAAUCCAAGCGCCAUGCUAACAGCUCCUAAAGGCAAAUCGAACAAUGGGACAUAUCUUGAAUGGGAGAGUGAGAGUGGAAAUGCCUUCUGUCAGGGAGGUUUCAACUACUCCAACGGGGACCUAGUGGUGCCCAGAAAUGGCAUCUACAGAGUCUUCCUGCAGAUCACCUAUGAGAGUAAAGACCUCAACUGUGACCAUGUUAACCUGAAACUCCACAACAAGGUGUUUUUAAUCCAGGAUAAUUACAAUGUCGAUGUACUUCUCCUGUCAUCAGUUGACACAGUGAUUUGCGGCAAGGGACAGUGGAGUAAAUCCCUCUAUACUGCCGGCUUGUUUUCCCUGGAGGCUAACAGCAGACUACAUGUGAUAUCAUCACAACCCGAUCUUAUUGUUGGGAACGAACACCAGGUGUUCUUCGGUGCUGAACUUCUGCAUCAGUAAUCUGGUGAGACAGUUAGACUCACAGAAAUCUGAUUUUGAGGUUGUUUGCACUUUCAACCCCAUGGAAACCUACAGGAAGAUACUAGAUUCAUGGGUUUUAUUUUCUAUUACAGCUCAUGAAAAGUGUAAACCCACUGAUGAAUUUGCAACAGCAAGAAGCUACUAAUAUCUGCUCAACUGCAGGUUUGCUUUAUCUCACUGAAGUUAUAAGCUGCAUUGUUUUUAACAUCAUUAACCACUCGCAGAGACAUCCUGCUGCCUUAACAAUGAUUUAAUUAUGAUAUACAUUUCUAAAGAGCGUGUUUAUUUCAUUCAAUUACAUCCCUAACAUUUGUAACGCUACAGCCUUUUGGCAAAAUAGGCAUUGUCAACUGUAUUCAAUAUGCAGUAACGUAUAACUCAGUUUGGAAUAAAAAUAAGCUGUUUGUUAUUAUCUUCAGUGCAAAAACAAGUUGAUUAAUUGUCAGAAAAUAAAUACACAAUUUUGAAAAAAUCUUCCAUACGUGAGGAAUUUAAUAGGAUCAUAUUCAUCUUUGUGGUUUGGACAAAGCAAGCAAUUUAAAGACAUUAACUAGAUUCUGAACAUAGUGCUGAGCCUUUUUUAAUUGUUAGAUCAUCAAUUAGAUCAAUUAACCAAAAGAAUCUGAUCUGGUACCCUGAAUAUUACACUAGACGAACAGAAAAGUUUUCUUCCCUUGGGAGAAUGAAAGGGCUCAUGAUAACCUGCUUAAUAAUUGUUAAUAUUAUUGAUUACAGGUAGAUAGUGCUGUUAUUGUACGGUCUUAGCAUUAGCUGUUUUGUCUGUUCUUUUUGACUUAAUUAGAAAUUUCAGCUUUUUUGUUGCAGUGAAAUUUUCAUCUUUUGAAAGGAUUGCAUAAUAUGGUAGCCCUUGUUGGAAGUAGCAAGUCUUUUUCACUGUUUUAACCAGGUCACAUGUUUGUGAUAGCUGUUACUGAAAGUGGUUAACAUUAGGUCAGUGUUAAACCCUGUGGGGGAAAAAAAAUAAUAAAGGGAUAUCAAUUGGUAACAUGUUGGGCAUACCAUUAUGUUAGCAGGCAUGAAGCAUCUUCAUUAAACAUAGGCCUGUGAAGAUAGGAGGAGAUACGACAGAAUGACUGGAUUGCAAUGAGAUUUAAAAAGCAACAUCCUGUGAAAAGAUUUGUUCGUAGAAAACUUUGACAACACUUUGUAACACUAGUCAAGUGAUUGGUUAUUUUUAGAACCAUGUAUAUUUUUAACCCAAAAGCUGAAUGUGAUUCGUGUUGAAGGACAACAUUAGUCAUUUAGUACACAGCCUUACAGUAACUUGAAGUAACAGUCCAGAUUUAGUGAAAAACUCUCUGUGGAUGGCUGAAUUACUUUGUUAUUAUUUGUACUUGCUUUAUAAUGCGUUGCCAUAGCCAGUGGGUUUGACAAGGAAUGCUUCAAGAGCAGUAAACAUGGUGGAGUUACCGGAAAACUAUCACACAUAAACCCAGCCCACGCCCACGCAGUCCUGCUGCCAUGAUAACAUUUUUGUGUUAUGUGUAAACAUGUUAUAGUUUAUCAAAUAAUAAAGAUUGUUCCCCAACACAGUUUUUGUACAUGUUAUGUCCAUGUAAGCAGUUGAAUCACACGCUGUCAGUCUAAAUGUGUAACAAAGUCAAAUAUGACAGUUUCUCCAAGCCAAGGAAGGAAGCUUUGUACACUAUUUUACACCUGUUGUGAGACGGACCUGUAAACCAGAAUGUGCUGGAAAUGUAUAAUAGUUGAAAGUAUGUGCAGUGUGGGGAACACCGCAGUUUUAUCAGCUCUUUGUGAUAUGUGAUGGCUCGGAUGCUUGAGAAAUGUCAGAAUACUCUGCUGUAGAUCCAGUGAUGGAUUAAGGGAUCAUUAUAUCAAUUAUGUAUUGGUGUGUGGAUGAAUUUGACUUUUCUCACAAUGGGGCUCACUGUAAGUUGAUAAAAAUAUAUGGAAGUGGUUUUAUUUUUUACAUGCAAGGUGCUGUUGUACAAGAAGGUGCAUUGUGCAUUAUUUAAUUCAUUGCUUGCUGGGCACCCAUUACUCUGUUGGUACUAUGCAAGUUGACUUUUUCCUACUUUUAAAGAAAUUAUCAUGAUUUAUGGAGUUUUAUAUAUACACGUGUGUUAUGCAGACUGUUUAAUAAAAGUUAAUAAAUAAAACUGUAUUGACAAAA